GGGAUUGGUGGGGAGGGGGCCUGUCUGAGAACAUGAGAAAGGGGAAGGAGGCGCUAGGCGGGAGGGUCAUGGGAGCGUCAGAACGAGGGGAGGGGGGAAGCUUCUCUCGGCACGUGCUCCCAGAUAGCUCCCGCAGUCCCACGGCAUGCCGCGCUCAGCGCCGGCGUGCUCUUUGUUCCCUCCCCCCAGGACUGCUCUGGGUCGGUCCUCGCCUGCCAAUCGGCGCUCCCUCCAGCUUCUCUGUGAGGGCACGCCUCCUUGUCCCACGUGGUCUUGGCCGCCCCGCCCCCUUGCGUUUCACUGCGCCGGCGCAAAGAGUUCUCCAAGCAUCCCUGGGGACUUCCCGAGCUCCUCCCGCGUAUCCCUUCGCUGCCGCUGCCGCAGCCGCUGGGGCGGAGCCAUGGUAGUGCUUUCGGUGCCCCCGGAGGUGACCGUAAUCCUGUUGGAUAUCGAAGGUACCACUACCCCGAUUGCUUUCGUGAAGGACACGUUAUUUUCCUACAUUCGGGAGAAUGUUAAAGACUAUCUGCACACUCACUGGGGAGAAGAAGAGUGUCAACAGGAUGUGAGUCUGCUGAUAAAACAGGCAGAAGAGGAUUCUCACUUGGAUGGAGCUGUACCAAUUCCCGUCAGAUCUGAACAUGGUGUUGACGACACAGAGCAGAUCAUCCAGGCUGUGGUGGACAAUGUCUACUGGCAGAUGUCUCUGGACAGGAAAACCCCAGCCCUGAAACAGCUCCAGGGCCACAUAUGGCGGGCUGCUUUCGCAGCUGGGACAGUGAAGGCCGAGUUUUUUGAAGAUGUAGUUCCUGCAAUCAGAAAAUGGAAACAAGCAGGCAUGAAGGUAUACAUUUAUUCUUCAGGGAGUGUUGAGGCACAAAAGCUGCUCUUUGGCUAUUCGACAGAAGGAGACAUUCUUGAGCUUUUUGAUGGCCAUUUUGAUACUAAGAUUGGACAUAAAAUUGAGAGUGAAAGUUAUAGGAGAAUUGCAACGAGCAUUGGUUGUUCCCCCAACAACAUCCUGUUUCUGACAGACGUCACCCGAGAGGCUAAUGCUGCAGAAGAGGCAGAUGUCCAUGUGGCGGUGGUAGUGAGACCUGGAAAUGCAGGAUUAACAGACGAUGAAAAGUCUUAUUUCAACCUCAUCACUUCUUUCAAUGAACUGUUUUUGCCUUCAUCAACUUAGAGGAAGAGGUUUUCUUGUUUUUUGAAAGGAAAUCAAAACUAUUUUUCAAAAUUGUACCUCUGCUCUUGUUUUCUGGAUUUAUUCUACUGAUUAAAUCGCACAUCUAAGGAAAAUUAUAUAUUCAAAUCACCUUCCGCAGGGGUCCUUAAGGGAAAGGGAAAAGGGAAUUUUAAGUCAAUGAGAUGAAGGCCUAUUUUUAAAAAAUUAUGAAGAUAGGAGUUGUUGAGAGGGUGCAUCACUAAAAUAUUUGCUCUGCUGUUAGGGUGCUAAGUGCAAUAGGUAUAAUUACUGAAAAAAGGGAGACUAUUUGUCUGCUUGCUUUAGCUGGCAAAUUAGCAGAAUGCUAAUUUGGAAAAGUCAUUUGGAAAGUCUCAUUAUUCCAAAACCACUUCUUGAAAAUGUGCUACGAUUUUAGAAUCUUUCUACAGUGUCCUGUUUAUGGUGAUGGGAGCAAAUAUUUAGUGGUGACCAAAGUGUAUCCAUUAUCACAUAUAAGAAUGCCAAAAGUCUGUUGUUAGGUUGUAGUAAAGAAGAAAAUUAAGAAUGAAAAUCUCUCGCAGGCCUUGCGUAACCAAGUGUUGAUGUUCUCAUUAGGAUAUAGCUUGUAAUUUCCAUGGAUCUGACAAUGGCCCUGAAUAAUCUUACCUGUUAUUAAGGUGCAAAAUAAAAAUGUGGUUUUAACCUUUAACUCUUAAGAAAUAUUAAUGUCAGUAUCAUCCUAGGCUUUAGUACUUGGCACAUCAUCCCUAAGAUCAAGAAUACGUUGUAAAGGAAUCAUUUCCCUCAGACUUGUUAGAGAAGAAAUGCACAUUGUAGAAGUACUAUUUAUCCCAGUUCGGUUCUGAUAUGUGCAUUCAUGUAAUAUUUCAUAUUGUGAUUAAUUAAAAAAAUUUUUUUAAUUAAUAAAAAAUGUGAAAAAAAGUACUAAAAAA